AUGCUUCCUCGAAAGCGACAGCGUCCAGACCCGGCCAACGCCAGCAGCACCAGUCGGCCAACAACUGCGCUGAGCCGGGAAACAGCAACGUCACUCUCUCAAUCACGGUCAAGACUUGCUGCCGUGGCCCCCCGACUCCGAGAAACCACAGAAUCCGCUGCCUCGACAUUAGAGGCUGCCAAUAACACAUGGCGCAAUGUGCACGUCGGUCCUCGACAGCCUCUGCCUCUACCACCGCCAAUCCCGCCGAUCCCGCCGUCUCUAUCCACCCAUCCUCGCGGUGCGAAUUCGAGUGAUUCGGUAGCCCAGAGGCAGAUCCGCAAGGCAAAGAGCUGGUACGGCUCAUGGCCCAAAACACCACGGAAGGCCGCCGCCUUGACUUCGGUUGCACGUGAAAACAUAUCAGGCGGAACCGUCCGCUCCACCGCGGCCCCGGACCUUGGUCGAUUCGACACCUUCAAAAAGAGGGUUGCCGAAACCGACAGCAUUCGACGCGCUUCACCGUCCGAUUUCUUGUCCAAAGUUUUCCAAGAAGACAUGCCAGCCGUCGCCGCUGCCGCCGACCGGACCACACCCCAUGAAAACGCCCAGCACGCGAAAACCAGCGCACCGAAAUCCCCGCGCGACCCAGGAGAGCUUCGAGCUGCACAAGACACAGAGCAGAACGACAGUAUAGAACCGCGACCCGAGGUCUUAAACUCGACGACUGCUCUGCCAGCCACGGAGGCUUCCUCUCCCCCUCCAUCAGGUUGGCUGUUUUGGUGGUCUAAAGCUCCAGCCGCGGAACAACAAACCUUUGCAGCAACGCCUGCCGCUCUUCACAAUACAGGUAGAACGACACCAGACGAUAGACCCUUCACUCCUCCGGCACAAACGGCGCCAUCGGAUUCCAUCGCCAGAGAACCUCCGCCAAGUGCACCAGCAGCAUCGUCCACCUGGCGAUUUGGCUUCUGGUCUUCCACCGACAACAAUAUGAACAAGACGGAUCCAGAAAAGGAGGGCGAGCCAGCCGAGGAUCAAUCCAAACAGCAACAAGACGUCUUCAUGGAGAAUGCCCCAGCUCCGGCCGCAGCUGACGUCGAAGGCCAGCCCACACCAAAAGCUGGGUCAACGUGGGCAUUCUGGUCCAGGGCCUCGCCGAGCAAAUCAAGCAACAACGAAACCGCGGCCUCGGAGUCUGGCGAAAUGGCGGUUAUUGGUGAAGGAUCAGAAGCCCAUCCAAAACGCAUGAGUGAAGGGGAGGUCUCCAGCCCGCAAGGCCAAGCCUCCAAACAAGACACACGAGCUUUAAAAUCAACUUGGCGUAGGAAAAAGAGGGCGCGUGCAGCUCUUCCCGAAGCUGCAACAGAUUCAGAUGCAUCCACUGCAACGCGCUCCACCAUUCCAGCUAAUGAGGCGCCGCAGGGCCUCCCGCCCCCUCCAAAGGAGCAGAAGACGUCGGCAUCAUCGUUGAAGGCCGACUCGGCCAGCACCGCAGCAGCUGAGUCCGAGACAGUGGCAAAGCAGCCACCGAAUUUGCUGCUGCCGUCGUUCACCAGUACAUAUCAAAUGAAAGAGAACCCCUCAAUAAUACAGCAAAUUGCACAGCUUUUGCUACGGACCUCGCAGCCGCCGGCUAACCACGUCUUCCGCACCAAAGAUCCGCCCAAGAUCCGCAAAGCCAUCGCCAUCGGUAUACAUGGUUUAUUCCCGGCAACCUAUCUCCGACCCAUGAUUGGCCAACCUACAGGGACGUCCCUCAGGUUCGCCAAUCUCUGCGCAGAAGCCAUCCGUCGAUGGACGGACGCUCACGGCUCCCCUGAAUGUGAAAUUGAAAAAGUCGCGCUCGAGGGCGACGGCAGAAUCAGUGACCGGGUAGACAACCUGUGGAAACUCAUGCUCAAUUGGAUAGACCACAUCCGCAAGGCCGAUUUCAUCAUCCUGGCGUGUCAUUCUCAGGGCGUCCCGGUAAGCAUUAUGCUGCUGGAUAAGCUCAUCGACAUGGGCGUCAUCACCAAUGCCAAGAUAGGAGUCUGUGCAAUGGCAGGAGUGGCGCUGGGUCCGUUUCCAGAUUACAAGUCAAGCAUUCUCAUGGGCUCGGCGGCCGAGCUGUGGGACUUUGGCAAUCCCCAGAGCAGUAAUUCGCAGCGGUUGGAGGCGUCUCUGAGGCGAGUGUUGCAUCACGGCGCAAGAGUGACGUUUAUCGGAAGCAUCGAUGACCAAUUGGUGCCGAUGGCGUCCGCCGUCUACUCCCCUGCCAGCCACCCAUACAUCUACCGUGCCGUCUUCAUCGACGGCCGAAUCCACGCACCAGACUUCAUCGCACACCUGGUCGGAUUCGCCCUCAAGCUGCGAAACCUGGGGGUCAGCGACCACGGCCUCGUUCGCGAGCUGUCCGUCGCGCUGGCCGGGUCCUUGUAUUCAGGCGAAGGACACUCGCGGCUGUACUUUGACCCGGCAGUAUACGACCUUGCCAUAUCCCACGCUCUCGAAACCACGUCCGUCUCAUGCCCCGUCACGUGGGAGUUUGGUCCCCGCGAAGGCGUGGCGUCUGCCAAUCCGUACGUGCUCCCGUGGAUCAUGCGCGGCAUGCUGGAGGAGGAUUUCGUAAAGACAGAACUGAGCAGCGAGACGGAGGACCUGCUGCGGCAAUUCGACGACUGGAAGCCGUCGAACAAGGCGUUGAAAGAUGUCAAGUACAGGUUGGAGGCGAUUCGGUCGAGGCUAUAG